UUAAUUGCGCUGCUAGACUGGCGCAAAUUGUGCGUAAUAAGCGUCGGGUGAGCACACUGUGCAAGGUGGGUGUGAUAGAAAACAUUUGUCAACGUGUCGGACUUAUUUGAUAUUUGUAAAAAACCACCAGCACCAUUUCAAGAUGGCCACCCCUGAAGACAUUCAGGUCAAAGAGCUGGACAAGCGCGCCUCUGGUCAGGCCUUCGAGGUCAUCCUGGGCGCGCCGGCCCCAGACGCCAAGGGAGACUUCCCCUUGGCCGUGCCGAAGAAGAAGGAUGUCUCCCUGGAGGAAAUUCAAAGGAAGCUGGACGCCGCGGAGGAAAGACGCAAGAACCAUGAAGCUGAGGUCCUGAAGCAUCUGGCUGAGAAGCGUGAGCAUGAAAAGGAGGUGCAGCAGAAGGCCAUGGAAGAGAACAACAACUUUAGCAAGAUGGCGGAGGAGAAGCUCCAACAAAAGAUGGAGGCCAACAAAGGCAACCGCACAGCUAUCAUGGCAGCAAUGAAUGAAAAGUUCAAAGAAAAAGACAAAAAAUUGGAAGAGGUGCGAAAAAACAAGGAAAGCAAUCCCGGCAAGGACGAAGACGCCUCAGAAAACUGACUUACAAAAAACAUUUGUCAUUUGGAUAUUCUAUUUGUUUUGGUAAGCCAGUAUUUGUGUCCACUCCUCACUCGAAGUAGGAAAACAUCUGUUUUUGUGGUUUUUGUUGUUUUUAUUUUUUUAAAUAGAUUGUCAAGCUUUAUGUGUGUCCGCUCCACACAACCUUAGCAACAAGUUAGUUCAAGUUUAGGUACCCAUAAGCAGUGUUGGGUUAGUUCAGGGGUCGGCAACCCAAAAUGUUGAAAGAGCCAUAUUGGACCAAAAAUACAAAAACAAAUCUGUCUGGAGCCGCAAACAAUUACAAGUCAUAUUACAUACAGAUAGUGUGUCAUGAGAUAUAAAUUGAAUUUAGAGGACUUAAAGAAAACUAAAUGAUCUCAAAUAUAGCUACAAAUGAGGCAUAAUGAUCACAAUGUGUACAUAUAGCUAGCCUAAGAAGCAUGUUAGCAUCGAUUAGCUUGCAGUCAUGCAGGGAACAAAUAUGUCUAAUUAACAUCCCGCAUAAGUCAAUAACAUCAACAAGACUCGCCUUUGUGCAUUCACGCCAUACGUUAAAAGUUCGGUGGACCAAAUGAGACAGAAAAAGAUGUGGCAUAAAACACGUCCGAGAAAGUCGGAGAAAGUUGUCCAUGCAAACAAACCACGAUGAGUUCAAGGACCACCAAAAUUAGUAGGACAAAACGGAAGCAUGUUUAAUAUAAACAGUAUGUUUAAUAUAAACAGUGUGCUUUAUAACAAUUAGGGAGGUUUGUGUCAUGUUUGUCCUCCUGCCGAAACUAUAUUAAAACAAAAAAAAUUAUUUUUUCCCCCCCUAAUUUUUUUCCAUUUUUCAUACAUUUUUGAAAAAGCUCCAGAGAGCCACUAAGGCGGCGCUAAAGAGAUGCAUGCGGCUCUCGAGCCGCGGGUUGCCGACCCCCGGGUUAGUUACUGAAAACCAGUGAGUAGUUACAUUUACUACUUACUUUAUUUUAAAAGUAACUCAGUUACUAACUCAGUUACUUACACCAAAAAGUAAUGCGUUACUGUGAAAAGUAAACAUUUAUUUUAUUUAUUUAUUUAUUUAUUUAUUUUAAAGCUCCCAUUAAUGCCCUUUUAGCCUUCAUUUCAGUACUGUUAUUGCACUGGAGAAUAAUACAAUCUGUUGAUCAACUUGUCGUGCAUUUGCAUCACUGAACUCCGCUCAGCAAUGUGGUCUACAUACAACACACAAAGACAAAGAUAUGUUUCAAAGGGCCAAUUUAUUUUGGGCCAGAACAAAUUGACAAAAGUAUUAUAAAUAGCUGCAACAUAACAUAAGUAAAAAACCGCAUAAUAACAACAUGUCACAACAUAGCUGUAAACCUGGCUUCACUCAAGGAAGGCACACAUAACAUACACAAAGCCUAACCAGGCAUUUUUUUCUCUCAAGGAAGUGUGAAAUAAAAUCAUGUCUUCAGGAGAUCAACAUUGUACUGAAACCCAGAACAUUCUACGCAUUUCCCCAAUUUAAGGUUAGAGAUAAGGAAGGCUUGGCCUGGCCCUAGUGGGCCAGGCCAAGCCUGACACAGACUUUAUAGUCUACACAUUUAGAGUGAUGUGAUAAUCAAACACUGUAGAAGUCUAGAAUGAAAGAGUUUAUAAGAGAUUUGACAGAGUGUGUACCUUCAGUGAUGAAUGAUGAGCAUAGGCAGAGUUUGGAGUGUCUUCUUUAGCUUGCUUUCCAUGUUUAUGUACUCACUGUCCAGGUACUUGGAACAUGUUCUCCGUGCCAUUUGCUGUUUGAUGCCCGAUAUCAUGCUAAUUAGCUGCCUGAAAGCGGGUGACUCCACCGUAGAAAUAGCCUGCAUGUCUUCUACCACAUACGCUAAAAUCGGCUCUAUCAAUGUUGUCCUAGCUAGCAGUGCCUCCGUUAAAAUCCUUAGGUGGGGGUGGAGGUGGAGGUGAAGUGGCAUCGGAGUCUGUGUCUCUCUUUACUAGCUUUGUUGCAGCAUGUUGCUUUUGUAGCUGUUUCAGCAGAUUUGAAUUGCUGUUUUGGGCAAUAGAUGGGAUCUUUGAUCCAAGAUACAACUUACAUCUAACUAAAAUGUUCUUUUCUUUGUGCUAGACAAAAGAAAAGUAGUGAGACUAUCUCCAUGUUACGAAACUCAACUACGGCUCCGCCAUGAUGUCUUGUUGUUAGUAAACACAGACACGUCCCCCCUCUCCACAUCCACACCCACACCCACACCCAGACACACACAGAGCGUGCCUCUUCUCUUCUUCCCCUUGUGACACAAGAAGAUUCAGAAGGACAACUUUUUUUGAUUGAUUGAUUGAAACUUUUAUUAGUAGAGUGAACAGUUCAGUACAUAUUCCGUACAAUUGACCUCUAAAUGGUAACACCCGAAUAAGUUUUUCAACUUGUUUAAGUCGGGGUCCACGUUAAUCAAUUCAUGGUAAAACACUGCAACUCUCCAAUAAAACACACUCAGAUAUUCUGUUUCUGGCUGAUACUACAUGAAAAAUAACGUAAAAUAACGCAGUAACGCAUCGUGUAGCAACUGUAACUGAGUUAUUGAAUAUACAAAUUAACGCGUUAGACUACUAGUUACCGCCAAAAAUAACGGUGUUACAGUAACUCGUUACUUUGUAACCCAUUAGUCCCAACACUGCUCAUAAGCGUCUGUGUGGUUAAACCUAAUUAUUGCUGUGACUUGUGUUUCUGUCUGAGGCUGCAGAUCCAAUUUUAUUCUUCCGAUAAAAAACGUUAUUUUACACAUCAAGCAUGUAAACGUACUUGUGAAAAUGAAUCAACAACCUUAACGUAGUAUUUCAGUUGAUUAGUCGUACUUAAACAACGCAAAGGCAGCGUUUUCCUCGUACUUUACUUCAUUGCCGAAUGUUGCCAAAUAAAUGUUAACCUGCCCUAUGUAAUCGCUCACUGUUAACAGCACAAUUUCAACGUUUGAAAUAAAAUUUUUGCACUCA